CAGGCAGACACAGCUGACAAGAGCAGAAGAGCAACGCGGGCUGUUUGUGUUUGUAUGUGCGGCGGCGGUUGUGUGCAUGACGCGAGAGAGAGCGAGAGAGCGCCUUGGCUUCUUUUUGCUUGCUUGCUUGCUUCUUGCUUGCUUGUCCAUUCCGUUGCAGGAUUUUGACCUUGAUUGGGGGUGGUUGAGAGUUGAUUUUGUUGUUGUUCGCGGAUGUUGUGUUGUUUGCUUGCUGUUGUGUGGUUUUGAGAGAGGCUGCGAACAGAGAGAGAGAGAGAGACACACACACACGCACGCACGCACAAGAAGUGUGGAGGCGCGCAAGAAUCAGGGGGACUGUUCUCGACUUUCCUUGAGCCCUUGCUUGGCAGCAGUCUUUGCCUGCUGGCAGCUGCUCGUUGUUGGUUAUUGGCGUGCAUUGCUCUGGCUGGCUGUGGAACAGACGGGCAGCACAAGCAAGCAAGCACAAAGCACGAAGAAGCAAGCAAGCCCAUCUUUCUGUGUGGCGAGCUGGUGGUUGUGCGAAGAGGACCGUGCCACGUGACGCACGGCACCUUUUGUCCCUCAUCGUAGCUUGCACCUCAAGUUGAACAAGAUGGACUGCAACUGCCUUGUGUUUGAUGGCAAUGGAGACCUGCAGCGGUUGAUCCACGCCUGGCUCGGGGAGAGCGGCGUUCCUCACACCCAGGUGCCGGAUGCGGAAAAGGCGCUGGCUGCGUGUGGCAAUGCCAAGUUUGGGCUCAUCCUCAUCGAUGUUGACACAGCGUGCAACCCACCCGUCUCUGACGGCUUCAUUCUUGCCAAAGCCAUCAGAACGACGGGUGCAAACGCAGACACGGCGCUGAUUGCCAUGACCGGAUCAGAGGCGGCGGUAUCGCUGCCGUGCAAAGAAGCAGGCUUCAGUGCCAUCCUGCCAAAGCCAUUCACAAAGACUACCCUGCUCGACUGCAUCCGCACAUGGGGCAACCAGCGCGUUCAGCAGCAGGAGCAGCAGCCACCGCCGCAGAUUGACUUUGAUGCGCUCGACUUCUCCGGCAUUGGCGAUCUCAACAUGGAUGUCCUCGACCUCGACAUUGAAGUCCCCAAAGCGGCGCGCGUGCUUGUGGUCGAGGACGAUCGCCUCACACAGCGCGUCAUCUGUACCCUCCUCCGCGAACUCACCACCGAAAUCGCCCAGGCGUUUGACGGCGAGUCGGCGCUGCAGCUGUGCAGACAGCAGCACUUUGACAUCAUCUACAUGGACAUCCACCUCCCUGGUCUCUCCGGAGUGCAGGCCACGCAGCAGAUUCGAUCAGACAGCCAGCUCAACGCUUACACCCCGAUUAUCGCUUUCACAGCAUCAGGCACGACGAGCGACUACCAGGCGCACGGCAUGAAUGACAUGCUGCAAAAGCCCUUCACAACACAGGCGCUCAAGGAACAGUUUGACAAGUGGACACCAUUUGCCCAGUUCCUCAACGCUGAUGCACAGGCGCUGAUGGGCAACAUGCCUGAUACGAGCUUCACCUCCGUCAACUCGUCGUCCUCCAUGACUGAUGUGAACACGUCCACUGGCCCCUUCACCACAUUCUCGCCAUCAGAACGCGCUGCGCCGCGCCACAGCUCCCCGCUUGCAUCAAACAGCCUCCCCAACACCAACCCGGAGUCGCCCGUGUCGCCUACAAGUGCGAUGCUGCCGUCAUCGUCGUCGUCGUCGGCAAUGCAUCGGCGCCAGGCGUCACACGGCUCUCUGAACCACUCGAGCUCCCUCUUCUCGGAACCAGAGUCCCUCGUGCGCUACUGUCUCACCUCCGGCGGACAGCGUGCCCGGAGCGGCAGUGUGCCCGAUGCGUCCCUGUCGAUGCACCAGCAGUCCACCCCGCUCUCGCGUGGGCAGGCGUUCUCCCCUCCAGGCUUCACCCAACAGCAGCCACAACAGCAGACACAACAACAACAGCAGACACAACAACAACGACUGCAAAGGCAGCAGAGCUUUUCUCCGACUUUCUCGCCCACAGGAUCCGGGCAGUUCUCCCUUCCACAACAGCAACAAAAACAGCAGCAGCCACAGCAGCAGCCACAGCAGCAGCCACAGCAGCAGCAGCAGAGUGUGAUGCAGCAGGCACGUCAGCCAGCAAGCCCUUCACAGUUCCAGCCUGCGUCCCCAACACAGUACCAGUUCUUGCAACAGCUGCAGCAACAACAACAGCAGCACCAGCAACAGCAUCAGCAGCAACCACAGCCCCAACACCAACACCACCAGCAGCAGCAGCAGCAAGGGGGACAACAAUCGUUUGUUUGGCCCCUGCCGACCGGCCAGGUCAACACGAACAUCUUCACGCAGAAGACAACGCUGCCUCAGCCACAGGCAUCCGUUUCGCAACUCAAAGGGAGGGGACGGAAGAAAGCAAAACCAGCGCUUGGUCACACAGAGAAGGAAAAGCUCAGAAGGGCGAACAUUGUGGCAAGCUGCAACAACUUUCGUCUUCUCGUACCGACAGUCAAGGAGGCGGACAAAGCAACGGUGUUCCGGACUGCUGUUGAGUAUUUGACGUUUGUGAAGUCGCGCAUUCCUGCAGACUCGCUCGCUCAGCUCGAUCAAGAGUUUGUGGACAUGCUGAGUGUUCGACAGCUUGAGACGGAGAGCUCCAUGCUCAACAUUGACUCGCCAGCCCACUCCCCACAGAGCUCUCCUUUGGACUCCCCACACGACAGCAGGCCAGACAGCCCGCGAAUUCCGCGCCGGGACCAAUCACCAACGGUGCGGGGCCGCUCGCCCGCCCGCCAGCGCCGCCUAACCGCCGCACUCGUCCACUCGGCCACGCGGUCGUCCCCAACACUCGUUAGAACAUACAGCAACCCGACCGUCAUGCAGCCCAGCUCCCCGUUGGCGACAUCCAACAACUCGUAGCAGACUCCCUUUCCCUCUUCGCUUCCCGUGUUGCUUCGAUGAUCAUUCUUGCGUGCUCUCGUCUGUGCUGCCUUGUUCCCCCUCCCUCCCCUCUUUGCUUUUCGCGUUUUAGCAAACAAAAGAUGAUGUUAAACGAGCCAAUACUACCUUGCCUUGCUGUUCAGUCCCUUCAUAUUUCCGCAUGUCUCUUGUCUUUGUUGCGUGUUUGCAUGUAGUGCUUCGUAGAUUGCGUGUGUGAGUUGCGUUUGUGUUUACGCGUUGGCUAUGGCCAACGCUUUGUUGUACACAAUACCGACAUUAUGCAAUCUUGUAUCGGGAGAAGAAACGUCAAACCACGA